AUGACCGGCUCCGACAAAGACAAGCAAACAACCACCACUACACCCUUCCAUCCCGCAACAACCGUCACCAACAUCCGCAACCAUAUCCCCAUCAUCCUUGAUAGCGAAGAAGGUAACUAUAAUUCAUGGAUGGCUCUUUUUAAGGUACAGUGCACUGCGUGUAAGGUCUUGGAUCACCUUACCCCUCCUGCCACAGAAUCCUCUUCAACCGCAACCCCCACUCCUUCUAAUGCGGAGUGGCUCCGUCUUGACGCCAUUGUACUUCAGUGGAUCUACAUCACCAUCACCCCGAAUCUGUUGACAACCAUCCUUCAUCCAGAUGACACUGCCGCACAAGCUUAG